AUGAAAAGUCGUGUCGAGCUGGGAGAUGUCUCAUUUCGUGACACGACAUUACCGCGAACGACAGUGCCACGAAUACAAAAAGCGACAUUACCGCGAACGACAGAACCGCGAAGACUCGUUUACUGGAAAAGAAAAAUAAGUGAGCCUGCCUUAACGUCGCUGGUUGGUUUAAGCUUUAAUCUUGAACCAGAACGAAAUCGAGAAUAUAAAUUCCCAUUAUAUCAUUCUGAAACUUAA